AUGUUUGGUGGCACAUCACCCUCAUGGCGGCAUAAUGUUCUGGAAGCUUUUGGACUUAUUAUACAACAAGAACAUCGAUCGAAGCGAUUUUUGACAUUUCCCCGAACAUCGCCGACUCGUUUGCAGAUGAUUGUCGGCAUUGGCAUACCCGUUGAAUUAGAGAUUGAAUCAGUAACAGUUGGUUGGGUUAACAAAGUGGAAUUUUUUCUACCUGAAAAUGCAACGAAUUUUUUAAGUUUCAUCAAUGAUCCAUAUGAUUUGACGACAAGACCAAUAACGGGAUUUUACGUUCGAAAAAAACGUGACGAUUUUCGUACAAUUGAAGUGCCAAAACCAACCGAAAAUCCGGCAAUAUUGUCAGUUGAUAGUGAAACAAAUGAAAAAAUUGAACGAUACGAAGCCAAUGCUGAAGUGGUGGAGAGCGGAACAGAUACGGACGAUGAGGAUGAAAUGACUGAAGCAGACUAUUGGAACCAAGAAGAUCACGCGGAAUGGAUAAAAAAUGUGCAUCCAAAAAAACCGAAAAAAAUAUCAGUGGCACGAUGGGGUAUUUAUAAAAGUAUAGCAUUACUUUCACAAAGACAAGGUUUAGAUGGAAAAUCUUGCGUUUUAAGAGGCAUUUGUGAAUCAGCGCAUACAUCAUUUGAUUAUUCGAAUGGCAUUCUUGGUGAAUUGAUGCACAUUCUCAUGACCCCCUCACUAACCGAUGAUGGAGACGAGAUUGUUGAUCAUGAUGAUAAUGAAUAUUUCCAUGCCGAAAAAUUGGGGAAAGAAGGUGCACCAUGCGAACAUAUAUUUAAAGAGUGCAAAAUAUCAAUUUUAGAUAAAUUCAGUGGAAUCUAUUCGGAUAUGAUUCGUGAAGAUAUACCGUAA